CUUUCUCGUUCUCUCGUGCCCGAAAAAUUCGUCCUUCGCAGCCAUGAAUCAGGGCUAUGGUAGCAAGGGUGUCGUUGUGCCCCCACGCAUGGGCCAAGGAAAGGGACAGGGAGCUGUUGUCGCCGCCGUUCCCACGCCAACAGCCGGAGUUCAAAGUGGAAAGGGCAAAGGAGGUGGUGGUUCCUGGGGUAGCAACUGGGGUGGCUGCGGCGUUUGGCAGCCCAUGUUCAACGCCAUGAUGAUGUCCAUGAUGGGCAAAGGCUCCGGGAAGAACGGUCUCCGUAGCUUCGCUCCAGACCUCAAGGUCUGGGUGGGAGGCAUGCCGCCCAACAACGUGAGUAAGGAGAUCAACAUGAAGUUGAAGGAGCACAUGUCCUCGGCCGGCGUCAAUUGCCUUUACGCAGAGGUUGGCAAAACCGGCACCGGCGGGGCGGCCUUUAAGACCAACUCGGAUGCGCAGGUCGCCUGCGCUGCGUUGAAUGGGUCCCUCUUUCAGGGGAUGCCGAUUCAAUGUGACCUAUGGAGUGCCCAAGGCAAGAAGGUGUGACCGGCAGACCAUCCGGAACCGUGACCGGAACCGCUAAAAGAAAGCAACACGGUUUUAUGAAAGCAGAUCUAUGAAGGCAAUAUGACAGGAAAGGUCCCCAAAUGGGCGGCUCAUGCCUCUGAGAGAAAUCAGAGCAAGGUGUCAACAGACACGUGUAUACCGGUGCGCUUUUUCCAAUUCGAAAGCGCAUUUUGAAACAGUUUUGUAUCUUAUGAGGGCACACGAAAUGGCACCUGUUUGCAGCGCUCUUGCGAGCUGGGCAAGCUCGAACUGCACCAAUUCGAUGGAUACGCAAUGGCUGGUUGGCCCUGAAAA